AUUUAUAAUAUGGACCAAGGCUUUUCUUAAAAUCAAACAGGACUGUUAUCAAAUAAAUCAAGCUAAAAAUACUAAGAACCACAAAAGGAUUAUGCUAUUGAGAUGUAAGAUAUGACAGAUCAACAGAGCUACGUUUUACUAACCAAUGAAUGUAAUUUUAAAUUUAUUUUCAAGAAACUUCUAACUAAACCCAACAACAAUAGAACAUGAACAAAUAUGCAUAACCAUAAAUGUUCAAUAGCAAUCCACAUUAAUAUUAUCAAUUCUAGGUACCAUUAACUUAUUUUGACAUUAGUAAUUAAAUUAGAAUUAAUAAUAAUAUGUUGUUCCUCGAACUACACUUUAAAAUCACUAAUAAUAUAACAACUAGUAAUAUGGAAAAAAAUAGAAUAUGUUGUAGUUAUUAAUUUUACAUUUUAGAACUCAUUACGCAGUUUGUAUUUUUUGUAGGUCUCCAUAAAGCAUUGCCGAUGAUAAAAAGCCCUUCAUGUGUUAUCAAUGUAAAUAAGUUUAAUAGGCAAAUUAUGAUUUUUUUAAAUGUUCUCAUUGCAAGGUGACAGUUAAAUAUCAAAAAGGAAGUAAAAAUCCAUUAUAAUUCAAAAGUAUCAUCUGUUAUUAGGUGCACUAAGUGUAACAACCAUAAUUUUGUAUAAUUAUAACCAAUAGUGCAAAUUGCAGAGGACUAAGGAAAGAUUUGA